GCAGGAUAAUCCAGGUGUGACCAGAGACAAUUAGUCUUAACGAGUUCCGUACGAAGACGGAGGAAAACCCAUGGGCAAGUCUAACGUUCCACAUUCACAAUGGCUGGUUUGAGUCUGAAGAGUCGACCCUGUCAGGUGUUUGUACAGCUGGAUGAGCUGGUGAUGGACAGGAACCAGGAUCUGCAGUGGCGAGGGAUAGAACACUGGAACGAGUUUAACAAGGAGGACAGGGAACACUAUGAGGAACAUCACAUUGCAACGUUGUCCUCCUGCUCCCUGCUAGAGCUCCACCAGACCAUCUCCCAUGGGUUGGUCCUGCUGGACCUGAAGCAGAAGACGCUGCCUGGAAUUGCCCAGCAGGUGGUGGAACAGAUGGUGAUCGCAGAACAGAUUCAGGACAAAGACCAAAACAACGUUCUACAAGCUCUGCUGCUCAGAAACAGGAACAACUCCACCGCCAACACUGUGACCCUGACGGACACACGCCAGGGCCAAUCAGAGCCCUCCGUCACAGACUCUGACCAAGAGAAGAAGGGGGAAGCUCCACCCCCCUGUUCCUCCAGAUCCAAACAGGACCUCAAGCUGAUGGACAAGAUUCUGGAGCGAGCCGAGGCCGCUGUCAUCCUUGUGGGCACAGUGGACUUCUUGGAUCGGACUUCAGUGGUCUUCAUACGGCUGCAGGAAGCUGCUCUGCUACAGUCUGUGCUGGAGCUUCCUGUUCCUUUGCGGUUCCUCUUCCUCCUGCUGGGCCCGCCCACCACCAACAUAGACUAUCACCGCAUUGGAUGCUCCAUCUCCACGCUGUUUUCAGACAAGUUCUUCACUGAGGCGGCUUACCAGGCUGAGGACCACCAUGACCUUCUGACAGCCAUCAGUCAUCUCAUGGACAACAGCCUCGUCUGUCCACUGGAGGCCAGCAGCAACCAGCGGAGCGGCCCCCUGCAGGAGAAACAGGCCGGCGGGCAUCAAGACCAAGACACACUCGUUCCCUCGAAAACCAUCGAUGAGCCACUACGGCGCUCAGGUCGACUUUUUGGAGGACUUGUUAAAGACAUGACACGCCGCUACCCUCAGUACCUCAGCGACAUACAAGAUGCUCUGAACCCUCAGUGCAUGGCUGCUAUUAUCUUCAUUUACUUUGCUGCACUAUCUCCUGCCAUCACCUUUGGUGGACUUCUUGGUGAGAAAACAGAGGGUCUGAUUGGCGUGUCAGAGCUGAUCAUUGCCACGGCAAUGCAGGGUGUGGUCUUCAGCGUUCUGGGGGCUCAGCCUCUGCUGGUGAUCGGAUUCUCUGGACCCCUGCUGGUGUUUGAGGAAGCCUUCUUCUCUUUUUGUAAAGACAGUGGGAUUGACUAUCUGACGGGACGAGUGUGGAUCGGCUUCUGGCUGGUACUCAUUGUUCUCCUCACUGUGGCCUUUGAGGGAAGCAUCCUGGUCCGCUUCGUCUCUCGCUUUACUCAGGAGAUCUUCUCCUUCCUCAUCUCCCUCAUUUUCAUCUACGAAACCUUCUCCAAACUGGUCAAGAUCUUUAAGGCGCAUCCUCUCCAAAACCAUUACCAUGGCAACCACACAGCACCUCUAUCUCUGGGAAAUUCCACUGCAACAUCCACCAGGAGUCCUGGGGAGGUUUCUGGAGAACCCAACACAGCUUUGCUGUCUCUUGUGCUCAUGGCAGGAACAUAUUUGAUUGCUGUCUACCUGCGACAAUUCAAGAACAGCUCCUUCUUCCCCGGAAAGGUCCGCAGGAUCAUUGGAGACUUUGGCGUCCCCAUUGCUAUUCUCAUCAUGGUGCUGGUGGACUACAACAUUGAAGACACCUACACUCAGAAGCUCAACGUGCCCAGUGGCGUUUCUGUGUCCAGUCCAGAGAAGCGCGGUUGGCUGAUUUCUCCUCUGGGAUCAGAUGGACAGUUUCCAGUCUGGAUGAUGGGGGCCAGCGUCCUGCCUGCCAUGCUCGUCUUCAUCCUCAUCUUCAUGGAGUCCCAGAUCACAGCUCUGAUUGUCAGUAAGAAGGAGAGGAUGCUGGUCAAAGGCACCGGCUUUCAUCUGGAUCUGCUCAUCAUCGUGGUGGUGGGUGGAGUCUCGGCUUUGUUUGGCUUGCCGUGGCUGUCUGCUGCCACGGUUCGGUCCGUGACCCACACCAACGCCCUGACUGUGAUGAGCAAAGCCGUUGCUCCUGGAGACAAACCCUACAUCCACGAAGUCAAGGAGCAGAGACUGACGGGAUUUCUGGUUGCAGUUUUAGUGGGUGUGUCCAUUGUGAUUGGAGAAGUUCUCCAGCAGAUCCCGCUGGCGGUGCUGUUUGGGAUCUUCCUCUACAUGGGUGUGAUGUCACUCAACGGGAUUCAGCUCACUGAGCGCCUUGUUCUCUUACUGAUGCCCCCCAAGUACCACCCAGACCACGCCUACGUCUGCAAGGUGAGGACACUAAGGAUGCAUUUCUACACGCUCAUCCAGUUGACCUGUCUGGCUCUGCUAUGGGUCGUCAUGGCGACAGCGGCAGCGCUAGCAUUCCCCUUUGUGCUGCUGCUGACCAUCCCAGUGAGGAUGCUGCUGUUGCCCCGCCUCUUCACCAAACAGGAGCUACAAAAUCUGGAUGCUGAUGAUGCGGAGCCCAGCCUGGAGGAGAUCACGGGUCAGGACGAGUACUCGCAGCUUCAGAUGCCCGUUUGACCCAGAGCAGCCUGACUGCUGUCACUGUCUACGUUCUUCUUCUGUGGAACAUUUAUGGUUGUUUUUUUUAUAGUUUCUGUAUCUUUUAGGUAUUUGGGAAAAUCUGAAUUUUGGUUUCACCCGUUUGUACUCGUGUGGACACUGCAGGUGUGUCCUGUCCUUUAGAUCGGCAUGAUCAUUUUUAUUAUCAAUAACUUUUCUAUAUAUUCAUACGUUAUGGAUGUUUUUGAGAUAAGAACUUUUUUGGGAAGAUGUGGUUUGUGUGUUUUCUGAUCAUUCUGAAAUAAACAUUUUAUCUCACACAGA